UUUCCGGUGCAGUAAAUGUCCAUCUACACAGCUGUGUCAAGUCAACCCAUCCUUACUAUGGCAGCAGUAGUUACAACGUGCUAACAGUAAGUUGCAACAACGGUAGCCUCCACCACAAUGGCAUAAAAUGGAUAAGGUUACAUCUGGCUAUUCUGCGGCUGAUGAAGAUGAAAGCUUGGACACAGAAGUUAUAUGUUUGAGGAGAGUCGGGAGGAAUUCUGACUGGCUUCGCUUGUUCGAAAACACAGAGGUCACUGUUGGCCGUGGCUUUGAUGUGACCUAUCAGCUCUUGUCUCCUAGUUACCCUUUAAUGAUAUCCAGGCUGCACUGCACUUUCACUCAAAGGGAAGAUGGACACUGGACAGUCACGGACAAGAAGUCUCUGAAUGGCGUUUGGGUGAAUGGCUGCCGUAUCCCCACCGAAGAGGCCCACCCUCUGAAGCUCGGAGACUCCAUACAACUCGGUGUGCCUGUCGGGUCCUAUAUGGAGUACGACUUCACGCUUGUGCAGCAACCUCUCAGAGAAGUGAGGCAUAACUUGGCAAAGAGACCCAACGGGGGCACAAAAGUAGCCCACAUAGCCAAGAAACCCAAAAGGAAAUUGACCCCGGAAGAAGUGGAGCCGUCCACGUCAAAGUCCAAACUGUACCGCUGCUUGUCCGCUGACACGUCAUUGGCUCAGUCGUGCCCUCUGCCUCCAGUCGUGCACGACCAACACCGUGGUCACCCCCAGCCAAAGCAGACCACUCCCCUUCGACGCAUGGAAGAAACCAUACUGAACUUUGGUGCUUCAGGUGCCCCCUGUGACUUAGACAACUUGCAGACGUUCAGCCAAAACAUCUUGAUGCUGAGCGAGCAGGUGGAUACCACCGAACGACAGGUCGCCAUGCUGGAGGGUGGACCGCAAUCGAGUGACCCGCUCAUAGAGGAGCAGGUCAAAGAAUUGCUACGGCCAUUGAAGACCCUCUGUGUCAAGAUGAAACAAAUGAAGACAUUAGAGCGAUCCUUCCGUGCAACUGUGCAGCAGCCAGAGGCUCUGAAAACACAGCAGCAAGAGGAGCUGAUGAAGAAACAAUUGGAAGAAGCCUUGCAGGAGCAGAAGAAAGUCAUAGAUGAACUCGCUCACUCUCGGAAAAGCUUUGAGGAAAUCAUCCUGGCCAAAAACAAAGAACUCGAAGUAACAAAGGAGGAGAAGGAAAAGGCCAGGGCCCAGAAGGAGGAAGUGGUCACACAAGUGACGGAGGUCCUGGAAAACGAGCUUCAGUGCAUCAUCUGCUCUGAGCUCUUUGUGGAGGCCGUCAUCCUGAACUGUGCUCACAGCUUCUGCUGUUACUGCAUCAAGCAGUGGUGCAAAAAGAAAAAAGAGUGUCCCAUCUGCCGAAGGGCCAUCAAGUCUCAAACCCGAUGUCUGGCGCUGGACAACUGCAUCAACAGCAUGGUGGAGAACCUGAGCUUGGACAUGAAGGCCAGGCGCAAGAUGCUGGUCGCCGAGAGGAAAGCUGCUGAGUCUGGACAUGCGAUUACGAUCCAAGAUGAGGACAACAGCAGCAGAAACCGAAGCAGCAGCGGUGGAGACGAUGGACACCCCCAGCAGUCCUCCUGACACAACUUCUCCCUUAAGUCAUUUCUCAGGUUUUUUUUUUUUCUGUAGGAGGCUGGAAGAAGAACUUUCCUUACUUGUCAUGUUUCCCCGGUGUAUCUCUGGGACCCUGAGAAACGAGUCUGUUUUUGUUUUUGUUUGUUUUCCAACAUUUAAGAAUAAAAGUUGUUUCUGUGCA